CGCUGCUUCUCCGGCAAAAUACAUCUCCCAAGUACCCUCUCCCAUCAUUCCCCGCCCAGAGGUACAUCCCCAACCCAACCAAACCAGGGACGGCGUCCACUACAUUACAUUUACAUCCCGUCUCCCUCUCCCCACCGUCCACCACUGCCCGUCCUCCUCUUCCUCUCAUUAUCUACAACUACAACUUUCCACAACGACGACCUCACCUCACCGGCGCAACCUUUUACGACCGGUUUGUCCUAGAAGCAGUCCUCACACUCGUCGUCCACCCUACCUGCAACAUCCACCGCAGCCUUCACGCACUUUCUCGCCCUCAGUGCACCGCCCAACCAAGGUCCUUACUUUGCAGCGUCAUCGCGCAUCGACCUUGAGCAGUAUACCACGACCUACAGACAUAUCACCGGCUGAUAUCCCCACCUUUCGACGGCCACUUCUCUCCUGCGAUCCACUCCACCCUCGGUGACGAUUCGAACUCUACCACCAAGAGUUCAUCUUCGCACGAAUUGCGCUUCUACCUCGCGACCGCCUCGCGACCAGCACUCACCGAUCCACCCUGCCCUGGUCGGCCUUCAGCACUUGCUCGACCUCACUCGAGCACCAUAGCCUCCGCGCAAUGCCCUCGACCCUCAAUGCGCCUGUACUUCAGGUGGAUGCCAAUAUAAUCCAUCAAGUCGACACAUCCAACCCCCAGAACCUCUUCAGCCUCUGGUGCAUGCUCUCGAGGUGCGCAGACGCUCUGCCACAAGGAAGAAGAUUAGAGAACCUCGUCUGGAGGUUAUUAAUGGAGGAGGUCCCUAGCGAGACUGCACCCAAGACCGCCACCUCUCUGCCGCGCGAAAUUCAACGCCCAGCACGCAAGUCUUCUGCCGAAGACGUUCCCAGGCUAUCUGCCAGCGUCGACUCGCUCGAGAACGACGAAGCCGUCGAGUUCUCUUCCGACUGCUCCCCACUCGACAUCUCCAGGCCACGCAUCCGACGACAAGACUCGUGCACGAGCACUCGCAGCAGGCACAUCUCUUCCGAGAACCUCGAGAAGAUGGUUUCGUCUAUUGUGGAGCAGAAGGAGUCUCUGUCUUCGCCCCUCCCGGCGCUGCCACCACUUGUCGAGCCAACCAAGGAGGAGGAGCCCUUGAUACUCCCUCCCCCAGAACUUAUCCGAUCCGGAUCAACCACCACUGAGUCUCCAAGCAAGGACUCGGACGGCCCCUCGGACUACUCACCCCCGGCUUCGCCCGACAUGCAGACCAACAAGACCACCGUCGUGCGCGGGUUUUCGCCCUCGCAGCGUCCCAUCCCUGCGGUCUUCACACCACCCAGGACGACAUCUGAAAUCCCAGCCCCCAAGUCCUCCCCCGCGGCAAAGAACGUCGAGUCUAAGAAGUCUCGAGCCAAGUUCGUGCUGGGUGGAUCAUCAGAGGAGUCAUACAGCGACCACGGCCACAGCGUUGACACAAGGCCUACCCUUGCGCCACCAGCACCCAAGAAGAAGAUGUUCCAGAUUGGCGGCUCCUCGGAGGAGGACAGCUCGCUGAAGAGCGCCCUUGCUUCUCCGCGCCACCAUGGUCUGCUGGGUGCGCACAAGAAGCAGACCUCGUUCGCCAACAACCUGACGACCGAGAUCCCUUCCGCAUCAUCUGCUGUCAUCGACGAGGAUGACGAGAGUUGUUACGAUGAGAGCGCCAUUGAUGAUGACGAUGAGGACUGGGAGGACUCGAACGAGGAGGAGAGCGGCAAGAACAGUGUGGACGAGAAGACCUUCUUCCAGCGCGUCGACUCCAAUGCCAACCUCACCUCGCGUCGGUCUCUCAUCACCCUGGCCCUUGAGUCAAACCAGCGCCGCGGUCCCGCGCCGCACCUUGGCAACAUUGCCUCGCAGUCCACUUCUGCCAUCCCUCAGCGUGCACGAAACAACUUCAACGGCCCUUCCAUGGUUGCCUCUCCCAACGACUCCGACGAUGCGCCCCUCAUGAUGAAGCGCAAGCCCCGUGGUGGCCCGCUGAGAUCCAUCAAUGAGAUCCCCCGUUCUUCGGCCCAGCCCAUCGCGCCCACCAGCAACGGUGUCAGCCAGCCCAUUGCUUUCUCUCCCAGGACCACCCGCCGCAACAUGAUGUCGACAGAGCUCACCGAGUCGCUGCGACGCCACCUCUUGUGGGAGAGGUCUCAGAAGACCUCGACUGCUAACGCCGUCCUGAAGCGUCGCCACACCUCCCAGGACGUCGCCAACCUGAAGCAGUACCCACAACAGCCCCACAUGAACAGGGACAACAACGACAUCAACGCCAGCAGCUGGGACCAGGAGUUCACUCGGGAGGCCUUCGCCGGGUACCACACCAAGGGCUGGUAAUUCUCAUCAUAGAUCCUGGCCGCCCUCACGCACACCCGACAUUCUACAUCUGCAUAUACCCAUUCAAAAAGUGAUACCCAAAAAGGACAGGAAAACUGGACUUCCAAAUCUUCGGCACACAAGAAUGUGCCUUUGUACAAUUUCAAUCGAUCAAGCAUUGCGAAGCGACAUGCUUUUUUAACGACAUCGAAGCAUGAACGGCGGCGUUUUGUUUUAUCCACACAUGGACGAACCGGCCUCUAAUCCUGGCAGGCGGUCGACUGAUCUGGAGUGUGCUUUGCUUUUUUUUCUCGCUUCGUUUCGAUCAUGAUACCACGGUCUCCGAAUCGCAUCAAUGCUUUCCUGUACACACGAGUACAGGCUAUUUUAUUUCCUUCUUGAUACCCUCAUGAUGGGGUUUGGCUCAAGGGAUUGGUUUUUUUUUCGUCAUCAGGUCACUGGCAGGAAGGAAGAGGGUGUAUUUUACUACGGCCCCAAGGGUACAAAAACGGGAUGUUGGGCAACCAGCAGCAGACCUUGACACCAAUUGUCACCGGGAAGGAGGCGAAAGACAAAAAAAAGAUGGUCUUUCCCGGCGAACUACAAAGUGCGUUCUUUGCCACGCAGCGAACAUCGGAAAAGGGAGGUGAUGGGGGCACAACAAAAGUACGAGUGGAAAUUACCCCUUCAAUCAAAAGGACGACCUCGUAUAGCAACGAGGCUUGAUACAAAAAAAUCUUAAACCUGAUGAAUAAUUCUCAUGAUCAUGUCCCAACUGCUUCUCCAGUCUGAAACUACUACUAGCUAACUAUCCUUACAUCCAUCAACCAAUAUACUCCGCCGCAUGUGCCAGACAAUUGAGGCGGGCAUGGAUGCGAUGACUGGCUCCCGAAAAGACUUCGUGCUGACAGAGCGGCAUGAACGGCUCUGUUCUGUGGGGCGGUGGCAGACCGUAUCGUGGUGUGAACUUUCUCCGUCGACUGACGAAUCUGCCCUUCUCCAGGUGGGGCGGGCAGCUCUUUGCUUACC